AUGGCUGUCAGACUCUCUGCUGCAGAGCAAUAUGAGGCUCUCCUCAACAAGUACGAUGCUUGGAUGUUUGACUGUGAUGGGGUACUUUGGCGUGGCGAUCGGCCGAUAGAGGGUGCAGUCGAGGUUCUCGAUAUGUUACGCAAACGAGGCAAUCGGCUGCUCUUCGUGACGAACAAUGCAGCCAAGUCCCGGAGAAGCUACAAAACCAAGUUCGAUCAGCUCGGUAUUGAAGCACACGUGGACGAAAUAUAUGGAUCUGCAUACGCAGCUGCAGUAUACAUCUCUUCCGUGAUGAAGCUCCCUAAGGACAAAAAGGUAUUCGUCAUUGGUAUGUCAGGAAUCGAGGAAGAGCUGUGUAACGAGGGCGUGUCCUACGUCGGCGGCACGGAUCCGGCGGACUGCACGCUGGAACCGUUCUCUCUGGCCGACUUCACACCAGACCCAGACGUUGCUGCAGUGCUGUGUGGUCUCGAUAGCAUGAUCAAUUACACGAAGCUUGCAAAGGCUUUUCAUUAUCUUCAUCGUGACCCGAGUUGUCGAUUCCUGGUCACGAACGAGGAUAGUACAUUUCCAAGCGCGCAUGGUCUUCUGCCUGGAGCCGGCGCUAUCCAUGCGCCACUACGAUUUGCCCUGAACAGAGACCCCCUCAGUAUAGGAAAGCCGGCAAAGACCAUGUUAGACUGCAUUCAAGCCAAGGUUCAGUUCGAUCCUAAGCGUACGAUCAUGAUAGGCGACAGGCUGAAUACCGACAUAUUGUUCGGGCAAGCCGGUGGUCUCGCCACUCUUCUUGUCCUGACAGGUGUCACCUCAGAAGAUCAUAUCACUGGCCCGAACGCCUCCACCAUCGUGCCCGACUACGUCACACCAUCCAUCGGGGACCUGCGUUCAGCGGAGUCGUCGUAA